GUCGGGGACCCCGGCAGACGUCAUGGGCCGGAUCACAGAAGAUCUUAUUAGACGGAAUGCUGAACACAAUGACUGUGUAAUUUUUUCCCUGGAGGAACUCUCCUUGCAUCAGCAAGAAAUAGAGAAAUUAGAACAUAUUGACAAAUGGUGCCGGGAUUUAAAAAUCCUUUAUCUUCAAAAUAAUCUCAUUGGAAAAAUUGAAAAUGUUAGCAAGCUCAAGAAACUUGAAUAUUUGAAUUUAGCUUUGAAUAACAUUGAAAAAAUUGAAAAUUUGGAAGGAUGUGAAGGGCUAACAAAACUUGACUUGACCGUCAACUUCAUUGGUGAGCUGAGCAGUGUUAAAACCCUCCAGCACAAUAUCCACCUGAAGGAACUCUUUCUCAUGGGUAACCCAUGUGCUGAUUUUGAUGGCUAUAGGCAGUUUGUUGUGGCAACUCUUCAACAAUUAAGGUGGUUGGAUGGUAAAGAAAUAGAGCGUUCAGAAAGGAUUCAAGCAUUGCAGAACUUUCCAGAAAUUGAACCAUCUAUCAAAGAGCAGGAAAAAAUUUACUGUCUUAAACGAGCCAAAGAAAAGGAAGCGACUCAGAAAAAAGUUCAGGAAGAAUGUGGAAAGGAAAAAAAGAGAAGUCACAAAGAGAAUUUCAGGCAAGAUUUCCAUUUGGAUGUAAAUGGUGAUUGCCCGUCUUCUGUAGGGGGUCAUGACCACCUUCAGAUACCAGAUAGACAAGAAGGGGCAUGCAACAUGAAGAAAUCAGAUGACAUUGAAGAUGACUUGGAAUUUUGGAAUAAGCCCUGUCUGUUUACCCCUGAAUCGAGGUUGGAAACUCUUAGGCAAAUAGAAAAAACACGAAAUGAACAAGAAUCAUCAAGUGAAAAGAAGAAAGUGAAACAACCCAGGACCUUGAUCACUGAAGAUGGAAAAGUCCUGAAUGUAAAUGAACCUAAAUUGGACUUCUCUUUGAAUGAUGAUGAAAAACAUCACCAGAUCAUCCUGGACCUGGCUGUCUAUAGGUAUAUGGAUACUUCGUUAAUUGAUGUUGAUGUGCAGCCAACUUAUGUUCGGGUAAUGGUUAAAGGAAAGCCAUUUCAGCUUGUCCUUCCUGCAGAAGUCAAACCUGAUAGUAGCUCUGCCAAAAGAUCUCAGACAACAGGACACUUGAUAGUCUGCAUGCCUAAGGUUGGAGAAGUAAUUUCAAGAGGUCAACAAGCAUCCAAAUCUGUGAAAAGUAACUUGGACAGCAGCAGAGAACAAACAAACACAAGACACAGAAAAAUCGAAAAACUAGAAGUAGAUCCUAGCAAGCAUUCCUUCCCUGAUGUGACUCACAUCGUUCAAGAGAAGAAAUGUACAGCCAGAAGAGUUCCCAAAAUUACACCAAAUGAGGAAGACCCAAGCUUUGAAGAUAACCCUGAAGUACCUCCUUUGAUCUGAAACAUCAGGUGGUCUACAUACAACCACCCAGACCCAGUUUUUCUCAAAGAAAGAAUGUGUAUCUAGUACUUACAGGAUAAACAGAGUUCUUUAUCAGAUUUAUCUCUCCUCUUUCUUAGCUCUGAC